CUUCCUUCAACAGUCAAGGUUGUACGAAGGAACAUUAUUUGUAAACUUGCUGGAAUCUACAACCUUUUGGUGCUUUUACUAUCUUUGAAGUAUAUUUUUUUCUGAAGAAAGUUGAAUAAUAAGGCUACAGCCAUGACUACUGAGUCAAGCCAGGAAUCAGUACCACCUACAAAUGUGCCUCCUAUUGACAGGGAGAGUAUUCAAUCAGCGAAAGAGACAUUGAGAAGCCUGUCUGAAAUUUUGACAGAAAACAGUACUCUACCGGUGGGAAUUUCGAGUAUACGAGUAGCAGGGGCAUACAAUACUCGAGCUGGAUUUCUUCAGAAAGCUUUACAAUCAUGCAUUGACCCAUCUGCGAAAAUGGUAAAGAGUAAGCCAUUCUUGGAUACUCUCAACAACAUUCAAGAAACGACGGGGAAGUUAAUGGCUUUUGGUAUUUAUGACAACGCCUACAUUAAAAUUGAUCGUGCUUCAUCUGCUGUUUCUGGGGAAAACGAUUUAGAUGUUAUCAUUCAAGUGAAGGAAAAGCCACGACUGUUCUUUGAAACAGGAACUGAUGUAGGUAACGUUGAAGGAAAUGUACACGCAAAUGUUUUGGCAAGGAAUGUUUUCGGCGGCGCAGAGUUUCUCUCUGGAAACAUCUCCUAUGGUACUCGAAACCGUGCUACUAUGUCAACUAAGUUUGAAACUCCGGUAAACGCAAGUCCAACGACUCAUCUGCGUGUCCUUGGUUAUAGUAAUGUUCGGGAUAAUAAGGCAAUCUCGAGUCAUGAGUUGAUUACUAGAGGUAUGUCGGUGAGUUUACAGCAUCAGGAUAAAUUCCAUGGUUUGCACGAGCUUUCACAAAACUUCUUUUGGAGACAAAUUACUCGUUUGAGUGAAUUUGCUUCUCCUAGCGUUCGUUUACAGGCAGGUGAUAGUAUAAAACAAUCCCUUGCUUAUUCCUACAUGUUAGAUACGCGGGAUCACCCAACCCUUCCUCGAAAAGGCAACUUUUUCCGAGCUUUGAUAGAACUUGCUGGAUUAGGGCCAGUUACUGGGGAUGCCAGAUUUUUGAAGUCUGAACUUUGGCAUCAGUAUGCCUUUUCCUUGAAUCGUUCGCAAUCAGUUACCUUUGCCGUUUCCAGUCGUUUUGGCGCUAUGAAACCUUUAGACGAAAUUCCUAUUCAAUUAUGUGACCGUUUCAUGCUGGGCGGGUCUACAAGUCUAAGAGGGUUUUCAGAGGAUCGUCUAGGACCGAAAGAUGGAAAGGACUCCCUUGGUGGUACAGCUUAUUUAGCUCUCUCUACUAGCCUUUUGUUUCCUUUACCUAAAGUGGAUGCUUCAAAACCUUUCCGGUUACAGGUUUUUGCUAACGCUGGUGGCUUAACCAACUUGGAUGCUAAGAACCCGUUGGACACUUACAAAUCGAUUCUUAUGCGUCCUUGCGUAUCAACUGGUUUGGGACUUGUUUAUGCAUCACCUGCAGCUCGUUUUGAAUUGAAUUUUACGCUCCCUAUUGCGGUUACUGGUGGUGAUGUAGGCCGUAAAGGGCUUCAACUCGGAGCAGGCAUUGAGUUUAUGUAAUGAAUGUGUUUGUUUUCGAAGUAGAAACAAAUGUUUUUCUACCACAGAAAACUUCCAAAAGAAAAGGUCUUUCGGCUAAUCUUUGCUUAACGUAUACGAAAUAUUGAUGAAGAUGUUGAGGUGCUUUAUGUACUCUUUUUUGUUUUUUAUCAGAGCGAUUCCACUAUGGAUUCGCAUACGGAUGUCAAGUUUGGUUUCUUUUCCAAAGCUUAGCUCCUACAAGUUUUAGUAUGAGUUAUGAGAGUACAAUUUAAACCGGAAGGAAACAUCUGCAACUGUGAACUGCAAUUCCUUUUUUAUGUCAUAUGACUUCCAAUAUAAUUAUUUCUUUGAACGAAAUUCCAAAUCUAUUGUUUUUCCCCCUUUUAUUAUAUUUUCUCUUCUCCUAAACUCGCAGAUAUUGGCUACAAUAAAUUCCAAGACUUAUUUUAUUUUUCCUUAAAAUGAAUCAUAAAACUUGAAAAGUUGUUUUACCUAUGUUAUUUUAAAUUCUCUCUUUCGAUCUCUUCUUACACAUAUAUCAUACAUGAAUAGCACACGCAACUGAAAUUGGUAGCGAAAACAUUAUUGCUGUUGAUUACAACUGCAAAACAAACAACACUAAGGAAAGGAAAAAUCAUCAUCAUUAUUCAUCUGCAUUUUUAUAAAUGGUACAUGAAGAAAAAGAAAAAAACAUAAAAAAGAAACGCAAACCAAACUUAAUCCACUACGCGAGCAAUGUUGCGCUCUUUGUAAGUAGCAGUUUUCUGUGUGUGAUCAUUCUGAAUCUCGUAGCGAGUUUCUUCACUGCCAGUAUCGUCCUUUACGACUUGAAGGAUUGUACCGGUAGAGGUGCUAGUACCAGUAGCGCCACCAAUCUAUUUCAAAAAGUAUGUUAGUUUAGUUCCAUUUGUUCUUUACAAAUCAC